GGUUCCUCGGAAUCGCUCGUUACGAUCGAGGGAACGGUUGUCGGAUCACGGUUUAACGAUUCAUUGAGAAAAGUUCUAUGAUUUCGCAUGCCCCAAGAAUGUUAAUUGUUCAUGACAUUUGAUUGUUAGUCUGUUAAGUUAUGGAUCAUAGAUUCUUUGACUUAUCUUCGAGUGCAAUGACUCCGAGUGAUUUCGUUGAGUACUUUUUUUCUCAUCGAAAGUUUCGUCUUCGGAAAGAUGUUUUCGACGUAAAUUUCACGCGGGAUCUCGAAGGUUGGAAUCUAGGACAAUUAUUAUCCACGGAACAUCGAACUCACGCAGCUUCGGAACGAGUGAACGAUUUAUGGUGUUAUCAAUGCGACACAAUGGAAGAUGGAGAGAGAUGUUCCAAUCUAACCGGAAAUUAUAGUGCUUUCGAGCACAAGUGCACUGGCGACAAAAGGACUUGCAUGGUGAAGCGAUUCUCUUACACGACCAGCACCGAGAAUUCAACGUCGAGUCCACAGACGUGGUCGAUGGAGAGAAAGUGCACAAACAAAUGUGAUCCUGGAUGUAUAAUUAUUGGUGAACGUACGAAAUUGUACGCUUGCACCGCUUGCUGCGAACAGUCGUUCUGUAACGUCGGCACCGGCGCUGCCAAUCGCCUGCUGACGAAGGGGAUCGAUUUAUUUCUAGCCCUAAUAUUACAAAUUAUUUUAACAAUCGUCGUGUAUCCGUCGUGACAUUGUAAAUAAAAUAGCCGACGACGUCCCUGUAAAUAAAUCCAGUUCUCCAUUUUAUUUUUGUACAUUUCUCU